CCUCUUGAGGGGGCGGGUUCUCCGGAGCCAGAGACGCGGAGCCGCCCAGGAAUUUUGGCCCAAACUGGAGUAUUUCCUCCCGGGCGGGCCGGCUUGAUCCCGCGGAGGGGGCCUUCUGCAGACGCAAGGCUGCGCUCGCUCCCGCGGCACCAUGCACCCCCUGCUCUGCGCACUGGCCGGGCUCGCCCUGCUCCGCGCCGCUGGAGCCUUCGCUGCUGCUGAACCCUUCGGCCCCUCAGCUCGGAGCAGAGGGUGUGACCGGUACAUGGCUGCACAGGAGCGUCUGAAUGUCAUAGGAGAAACUGUGGAGAAGACUGUGGAACACCUGGAAGCAGAAGUGAAAGGCCUGCUGGGGCAGCUGGAGGAACUGGCCUGGAACCUGCCCCCAGGGUCCUCCAGCCCAGCCCCUGACUUCCUGGAAGACAGUGAACGGCUCAGAUCUCUUCUGAGCACCAUGGGCAGAGGUGAAGAGCCCAGCAGCUGAAGGUGGUCUACCUGUGGGAUGGCUACCCUCUGGGAACACAGCUGCACAUCCCAGCCUUCCUCCCUCUGCUUCAUGCACAAGAAAAGUCACCUCUUUGGUCCUCUUCUGUGUCUGCCGAGAGUGGCCCAUGUAGCCACAGUCCCUUCUCCAUCUAUCCCCAGCCCCUGCAGGACUCAGGCCCGACAGCCCCCAGUCUGCGCUUCUGCUCUCUUCAUUUACAGAAGUAGACAGGAUGGGGUGGUUGACAGAGGCGAGGCAUUCCAGGCCCAGAAUUAUCAGGCACAGCAGAGCAGUCUUCAUACUACUGCUAUGAAGAGUGACAGCAGCUACACCUGGGGGCUUGUCAGAAAUGCAAAACUUGGGAUCAUAUCCAGGUCUCCUGGGCUAGAACCAAUGUUUUAGUGAGAUCCCCAGAAGAUGUAUGUGUACAUUAAGUUUCCUUGAGUUGUAUCUAUUAAGGUAAAUUUCACAUCUUAACCAUUUAAACAGUAAAUUGUUGGUUUUCUGUAUGUUCACAAUA